CUAUGACUCUUUCUUUGAUUCUCUUCUCCUACUAGAUCUCUUUGCCAUUUAAACCCAUCCCACCUUGACCUGAACCUUUACUCUUUUCGCUAUUAUAUACUACAACCUACCCACUAAACUUACCCCGCCGUAUCCUUUUUCACAAUGUGCCCUGGUGCAGACCACGAGCCCAAUGGGCAGGCCAACGGCGCUGCCCCAAAUGCCAAUGGUGAACACCCCGGUUUCACCGGCAUCGAGACUCGCCAGAACCCCCACCCCUCUGCUUCCCGCAACCCUUAUGGCCACAACGUCGGUGUUACCGACUUCUUGAGCAAUGUCUCCCGCUUCAAGAUCAUUGAGAGUACUCUUCGUGAGGGAGAGCAAUUCGCCAACGCUUUCUUCGAUACCGAGAAGAAGAUCGAGAUCGCCAAGGCUUUGGACGACUUUGGUGUUGACUACAUCGAGCUCACCAGCCCCUGCGCUUCCGAGCAGUCGAGAAAGGACUGUGAGGCCAUCUGCAAGCUUGGCCUGAAGGCUAAGAUUCUCACUCACAUCCGUUGCCACAUGGACGAUGCUAGAGUUGCCGUUGAGACCGGUGUUGAUGGAGUCGAUGUCGUAAUUGGAACCUCCUCCUACCUCCGUGAGCACUCUCACGGCAAGGACAUGACCUACAUCAAGAACACCGCCAUCGAAGUUAUCGAGUUCGUUAAGUCCAAGGGUAUUGAGAUCCGUUUCUCCAGUGAGGACUCCUUCCGUUCCGACCUGGUCGACCUCUUGUCCAUCUACUCCGCCGUCGACAAGGUUGGUGUCCACCGUGUCGGUAUCGCCGAUACCGUCGGAUGCGCCUCCCCUCGUCAGGUUUACGAGCUCGUCCGUGUGUUGAGAGGUGUCGUGGGUUGCGAUAUUGAGACCCACUUCCACAACGACACCGGUUGCGCCAUUGCCAACGCCUACUGUGCCCUGGAGGCUGGUGCUACUCACAUCGAUACCUCCGUUCUCGGUAUCGGUGAGCGCAAUGGUAUCACCCCUCUUGGUGGUCUCAUGGCCCGCAUGAUGGUUGCCGACCCCGAGUACGUCAAGAGCAAGUACAAGCUUGAGAAGCUCAAGGAAGUCGAGGACCUCGUCGCCGAGGCCGUUGAAGUCAACAUUCCCUUCAACAACUACAUCACUGGAUUCUGCGCUUUCACCCACAAGGCCGGUAUUCACGCCAAGGCCAUCCUGAACAACCCUAGCACCUACGAGAUCAUCAACCCUGCCGAUUUCGGCAUGAGCAGAUAUGUCCACUUUGCCUCCCGUCUGACUGGCUGGAACGCCAUCAAGUCGCGUGCCCAGCAGCUUAACAUCACGAUGACGGAUGCUCAGUACAAGGAGUGCACUGCCAAGAUCAAGGCCCUUGCUGAUAUUCGUCCCAUUGCUGUUGACGAUGCCGACAGCAUUAUCCGCGCCUACUACCGCAACAUCAAGUCGGGCGAGAACAAGCCCCUCCUUGACCUUACGGCCGACGAGCAGGCUCAAUUCGCUGCCAAGGAGAAGGAGAUUGCUGAGCAAAUCACUGCUUAAGUCCGUGGCUUGACUGCCUUUCGUUCAAUUUGCAAGUGCCGCCAUUGAGUCACAUCAAUGGGAUUAGAGGGUCGCGUUUUUAGAGGUUUUCCUUUUCUGUUCCUGUUCAUGCUUGCAGCGGGUGGGUCUCUUUCCUGCGGGAAGAUGUUUCCAUUUUACUUUCAUCCUCAUGAUUUCUACGUUUAUGUGUCAAGGAUCUUGAUCUGGUUGUUAUUUCUACGGGGGUUUUAAAAAGUCUUCCUUGUCCCUGACUCAAAAAGAAGGAGAUUCGGUGUUGGGGAAGAGAUUUUGGGUCCUUUGGUUUUUGGACCGUGUACAUACGCAGAUAUCGAUAUUUAAACUGCAUUUCAUACAAG